AUGGCAUGCGCCGUGCAGGCGAGACGCCCCUCUGAAAUGCUCGGUGAAAUUGCAUUUGUGCGUCGGGCGUCAGACGUCGGGCGUCAGGCGACGGGCGUCAGACGUCGUGCGUCAGACGUCGAGCGUCAGACGUCGGGCGUCAGACAGGUUUUGAGUCCUUGUUUUAUUUGUUUCUCUUUGCCCGACCCUGGCGCCGAGACCGUGCCCGACCCUGGCGCCGAGACCGUGCCCGACCCUGGCGCCAAGACCGUGCCCGACCCUGGCGUCGAGACCGUGCCCGACCCUGGCGCCGAGACCGUGCCCGACCCUGGCGCCGAGACCGUGCCCGACCCUGGCGCCAAGACCGUGCCCGACCCUGGCGCCGAGACCGUGCCCGACCCUGGCGCCAAGACCGUGCCCGACCCUGGCGCCGAGACCGUGCCCGACCCUGGCGCCGAGACCGUGCCCGACCCUGGCGCCGAGACCGUGCCCGAUCCUGGCGCCGAGACCGUGCCCGACCCUGGCGCCGAGACCGUGCCCGACCCUGGCGCCGAGACCGUGCCCGACCCUGGCGCCGAGACCGUGCCCUACCCUGGCGCCGAGACCGUGCCCGACCCUGGCGCCAAGACCGUGCCCGACCCUGGCGCCGAGACCGUGCCCGACCCUGGCGCCAAGACCGUGCCCGACCCUGGCGCCGAGACCGUGCCCGACCCUGGCGCCGAGACCGUGCCCGACCCUGGCGCCGAGACCGUGCCCGACCCUGGCGCCAAGACCGUGCCCGACCCUGGCGCCGAGACCGUGCCCGACCCUGGCGCCAAGACCGUGCCCGACCCUGGCGGCGAGACCGUGCCCGACCCUGGCGCCAAGACCGUACCCGACCCUGGCGCCGAGACCGUGCCCGACCCUGGCGCCAAGACCGUGCCCGACCCUGGCGCCGAGACCGUGCCCGACCCUGGCGCCGAGACCGUGCCCGACCCUGGCGCCAAGACCGUGCCCGACCCUGGCGCCGAGACCGUACCCGACCCUGGCGCCAAGACCGUGCCCGACCCUGGCGCCGAGACCGUGCCCGACCCUGGCGCCGAGACCGUGCCCGACCCUGGCGCCGAGACCGUGCCCGACCCUGGCGCCGAGACCGUGCCCGACCCUGGCGCCGAGACCAUGCCCGACCCUGGCGCCAAGACCAUGCCCGACCCUGGCGCCAAGACCGUGCCCGACCCUGGCGCCGAGACCGUGCCCGACCCUGGCGCCAAGACCGUGCCCGACCCUGGCGCCAAGACCGUGCCCGACCCUGGCGCCGAGACCGUGCCCGACCCUGGCGCCAAGACCGUGCCCGACCCUGGCGCCGAGACCGUGCCCAACCCUGGCGCCGAGACCGUGCCCGACCCUGGCGCCGAGACCGUGCCCGACCCUGGCGCCGAGACCGUGCCCGACCCUGGCGCCUAG